GCAAAGAAAAGAACACUUCCGAAUACUGACUUUAUGGAAAAGAAUUAAAUAAGCAUCGAACGAGCAGGAAGUUGAGUACUGCAGGGUCUUUCAAUAUACAUUUUAAACCAGGAUUUAUAAAUAAAAUCUGAUGGAGAUAUAUUUUAUGAGUUAAGAAUGGAAAAUGUAACCUUCAAUGCAACUUUCCACAUUACACAACUUGAGGACUUUUUGCGAUAUCGUAUAGCGAUGAAGCUGUGGCUGGUGUCAAUGCCGAUAUUCAUGAUCAUAGGCUUCUUGACCAAUAGCUUGAACAUCCUCAUCCUAAGACGGAGAUGCUUCUUCGGGAAUUCAACGAGCUCAAUCUUGGUGAUGUUAAGCAUGUCAGAUAUCGUCAAUCUCAUGAUUGGUCCAUUAAGGUUCAUCAUAUUGUUGACAUCAGGAAAGGACUUAACCGAAAUUUCAAACGCUUACUGCAAGGUUUAUCGAUUUUUUAACUACUUUUUCACUGAUUUCUCAGUAUGGUUAGUUAUUAUCUUGGCUUUGGAGAGAGCAUUUGCAGUUGGGAUACCUCACAAAGUGCGUGUCUAUUUCUCUGUCAGAAAUGUGUAUAUAUUGGCGUCUGCGAUUGCACUUUUCUUGGCUUCAAUAAACAUUCACUUUUUCAUCACUUAUGAAGUAACGAGUGGAUCCAACAGCACCAGUUUGUUGUCCUGUACAGUCGGCAACCCAGCAUACUACAAAUUUGCUCUUAUCAUAUUUCCGUGGAUCGAUUUUUGUGUUUUUUCCCUCGUACCGAUUGGGAUGGUAACCGGAUGUAACUUAUUCAUCGUUGUGAAGCUACUGAUGUCCCGUUACAAGCAGAAUAUAUUGACCCAGAAUGGAAGUGCAGUCACUCAAAAUCAACCCAAGUUAAAAUCCAUGACAAUAAUCAUGUUUAUGAUAAGUGGGUUCCUUGUCAUUGCUGUAGUACCAACUGCCAUUCAUGCUUUUGUUUAUCCUGAGUGGAUUCGUAAACAGAAGGAGGGUGACAUUGAGGCAGAGGUGGAUUUGGUAGUAUUUGCUGUAUAUAUUGUUAUUGGAAUAUAUGCGAAUUGUUGUAUCAACUUUUUUCUAUAUUCUGCCUCUAACAAAAGAUUCAGGAAUGAAUUGGUAAGGAUAAUUAAGCGACAGAAUCAGGUUGGUCCCGCAUCAUCUAACACAUAGAUUCACUCU